AUGAACUGUGCAAUAUCCGGCGAAGUUCCGGUGGAGCCUGUGGUUUCGAAGAAGACUGGUUUGCUCUACGAGAAGCGGCUAAUCGAGACGCACAUCUCGCCUGAUUCGCUCUUUGGGACCGUUUUGCAGAUUGUAAAACCAAAACCAUUACACACAGCUAGCAUCCCUGGAUUGCUCGGAGCGUUCCAGACUGAAUGGGAUGGUUUGAUGCUAACAAAUUUUUCACUUGAACAACAACUGCACACUGCGAGGCAAGAGCUAAGUCAUGCUUUGUAUCAGCAUGAUGCUGCUUGUCGUGUGAUUGCUAGGCUAAAAAAAGAAAGAGACGAGGCACGACAAUUGCUUUCAGAGGCUGAAAGUCAGUUACCUGCAGCUCCCGAAGUUGCCCCAGCGAAUGCCACUCUUAGUAAUGGUAAACGAGCUGCUGAUGGUGGUGAACAAGGUCCUGAUGCGAAGAAAAUGAGUCUUGGAAUUUCGGCUGAAGUUAUUACAGAACUGACUGAUUGUAACGCUGCUCUUUCCCAGCAACGUAAAAAGAGACAGGAUGUCAUUGCGACCGGAGGAAUCGAUACAACUGCCGUUCUCUUUGAUCGUCCAUCAGGACAAAUCUUGUCAACGUUGACUGGUCACUCAAAGAAGGUUACAAGUAUUAAGUUUGUAGGUGACACAGAUCUUGUUUUGACUGCUUCAUCAGACAAGUUCUUGUGA